AUGGCACCACAACCAACAGCUAAUAAUAACUCUCCCAUUCAAGUAGUGUCCACAAAAGUUCUCUCCUUCACUAAUUACGAGGAGUGGACAAAGGAAGAAGUUGCUUCUAUCCUUUGUAUGAAGAAAGGUGAAGAUGGGGCCUCAUUGUCCGUUGAGAAAGUGAAACCUCUAUAUAGUGCUGGUUUUGAUGGGGCUUCUCUUGAUAACAUUGUUCAAGAUAUCAAGAGGCACGAUGUAGAUUUUGCAAUUAAAGCCAUGUCUCAAAGCAAAGACUUUUCACAGGUUUCUGAGAGUACUUGCAAGGCAGUGGUAAAUUGGGUGUACAAUACUUUGAUGCCCAAUCUUCAAAUUGAACCAUUUCAUUAUUUCCCAAGAAGCGAAAGAGAACUCUUAACCAAAGCAGAUGAAAUUCUUGAAGGUAAUAUUGAUUCUGAUGCAAAACGUACCAACCUACCAGAGACGUAUAAACAGUGGUACUUGUCAUUCUGUAAUUUAGUAAUCAAGGGCCAAGCUCAAGGUAAAAGAACUCACUCUGAAAAAGAAAAUUACUCUGUCGAUUUACUGAAACUCUUUUCAAAUGCAAGAGAUAUUAUAUUCAGCAACGUAAAUACAGACAGUAUAUUGAACAAAUCGAAUUUUGAGACAGUCAUGAAUAACAUGGUGAAUGAUCUUUUAAAGAAAAAGGAUCUUGAAAAGGAGUUUUUUAUGAGGAAUUUGCUUACUCCCUUUAACACACGCUGUCCAUCCCAAUUUGUCAGAGAUGUUUUUGUUCCAACUAACUCCACAAUGAUAACAAAAGAUUUGUUUCCAUUCCUCCCAAAAUUACAAGUCGAUCUGUUUAAUGAAAGUGAAAGAAAGACGUUGGACCAAAAAAUUCGUGAUGGAUCAACAAUUUGCGUGAUUGGACCCUCAGGUGUGGGUAAAACUGCUUUGCUUGCAAGAAGAUUAGGAGUCAAUCCAGGAAUUAUGAUAACAUGUACAUCUCUGUAUGAUCGGCAACAUCUUUCGGAACGUGGAACUGACCAAGCUUCUGAUAAGUUGAGAGAAACAUUUGUACUCACCAUGACACAAUCUGUUAUCAAGCUCUACGCUACUGCUGCUCAACAAGUUCAAUGUAAUUUUAUUGCAAGAUUACUGUGCCUUCAUACUGCAUUAACCAUCUGGGAACAAACGGAUAACAAAACACCUUUCGAAACUCCUCUUCAAAUGUUAUCCUACUCUCAAUGGAACGGCAAUACAAAGACUGUAGCAAAUAUAUUCAACACAUUGUUGGAACGUCAAUGGCUUUCUUUACCAACUGAAACUUUAAGAGAUUUCACAAUAUUUUUGAUCGAACAAUUAUAUUCAAGGUUGAAGCUGGAUAAGCAACCAUUUAUUAUUGCUAUUGACGAGGCAAAUAUUUUCUCUAUUCUCCAUACUCCAAUGUUAUCUGAGAACGGUACACCCAGGGAUUUAUUGUCACUGAUUGCAUUCGAAAUUUCUCAACUUAGAAAGAAGACUUAUAUGAAAAUUAGUGAUAUUUAUUGUGGAACCAUGUUUACAACUGACAUUGUUGAUAUUAUUCAAUCAUCGAUUGGAAAAUUAGAGGAUGUUUGCCAUGUUUACUCCUGCGUUGGUUUAGAUUCCAUCACUUUUGAGCAAGCAUUACAAAUAUUAGACAAAAUGUAUGAUAUUGAAGCAAUUUUAAAAUCGUCCAAUAUCUCCAAAAUUGAUCUUUAUCACUCUAUUCAACACAUAUUCCCAACAAGAAGAAGAGUAGUUGGGCUUGUUGCCUCUUAUUUAGAAACAACAAAAACUCUCGAUAUUGAAGAAAGUUUCAGAAGAAAGUGGAAAGAGUUUGUGGAUCAGGUGGAAAAAAUGUUUUACAUAGAUUUGAUUGUAAGAAGGAAAUCAAUUUCUUGCGACAGAGCAUUAGCUUCUUCAUUAAUAGGAACUGGAUUAGCAAAACCAAAUUUUGACUUUUAUGAUACUAACAGCGAUAUGUAUCAUUUUGAUACCUCAGACCCAAUUCUUAAACAUGUUGCAAAAGAGGUUUUAGAAAAGAAAUAUCCAAACUCAAUUACAAAAAUCAGUAACCCAAUCUCAGUGUUGAAUUUGCUAUUAUCUCUCCCUCAACAUGACCCUAAGAAAUGGGAAAUGGUAUUUUCUCUUUUAUUGCAACACCAUAGUGGAAAGUGUAUUAGGGACAACUUGAUCCUUUCACCAUUAAUAUUAGGUGAGAAUACAACAACCGAGAUAAAUGACAAAUCAAACACUGACACAACAUCGGAGAAAAAGAAAAGACCAUAUACUCUAUUACUUGACCACAAAUUUGUGAUCAAAUCAUUUAUUCGAACUAAAGAUUUUUAUCGCAAGCAUUACACAUCAAAAUGGGCCCAAGAAGUCCUCACAAACACUGACAAUAUUGACAGCAAUAUGUUGGGAGAUAUUUUAUACUUUCAUUGUUUGUUGAACUAUAACAAACAUAUAGAAGAGAGUUCUACUAACAAUACCAUUACAUUUAAAGACCUUAUUGAUGGGGUAUAUUUUUAUCCCUCUUUGAAUUGUCAUGCUGAUGGUAUUUGUUUAAACUUUUCAGAGCAACCUUACGGUAUUAUUGUGAGCAACAAAUUACAUAAUUGCCAGAGAAAAACAUUUUUAAACCAGAUUAGAAACGGCGUCAAGUGUGUGAAUGCGAAUAAUUUCUACAAAGCAAAAUUUGGCCCAGAAGUAAUUGGAAACUGUAGGACCUGGUGGACGACUGAGAAACAGGAGUUUCUAGCAACAUUAACUAAGAAUGAGAGACUAAUACCUCUCGUGGCACAUAUACAUGUAAAAUAUCAACAAAUCACAACAAAGAAAGGUGAAGGUUUUACUAAAGAUUAUUCUGAAGGAGGAAAAUAUUUAAUUCUGAAUCCAGAUUCAAAUGAUUUAAUGUCACUCUGUCCUGAUUUGUUUAAACUUUUACAGAAGAAUCUAUUUAAUACUGCGAUUAUUGAUAAUUUGAAUACAGAGGAUCAUGAAUGA